CCACCAUCACAUCAGUUAUACACAAAUCACCCAAAAACAAUUCUAUCUCCCCUCAAACAAACAAACAAAAAAAAAUGUCACAGAAAAAUGGCGACCACAAUCUCGCUGCACUUAGACGCGCCCCAACACCAGGAAAGGCAACUCUGCUCGCAAUCGGCAAGGCUUUCCCAAGCCAGCUCAUUCCUCAAGAAUGUCUGGUCGAAGGUUACAUUCGUGACACCAAAUGCGACGACCCUGCUAUCAAAGAGAAACUCGAACGGUUAUGCAAAACGACAACCGUGAAGCGUAGGUUCACCGUGCUGUCCAGGGAGAUACUGGACAAGUACCCGGAGCUGGCGACAGAAGGUUCGCCGACGAUCAGGCAGAGGCUGGAGAUCGCGAACCCGGCGGUCGUCGACAUGGCGGCGGACGCCAGCCUGGCGUGCAUCAAGGAAUGGGGGCGGCCCGCGGCUGACAUCACCCACCUUGUCUACGUGUCGUCCAGCGAGAUCCGCCUCCCGGGUGGGGACCUCCACCUCGCCACGCGCCUCGGGCUGCGGAGCGACGUGGGGCGCGUGAUGCUCUACUUCCUCGGCUGCUACGGCGGCGUCACGGGGCUCCGCGUCGCCAAGGACAUCGCCGAGAACAACCCGGGGAGCCGCGUCCUCCUCGCCACCUCCGAGACCACCAUCCUCGGCUUCCGCCCGCCGAGCAAGUCCCGCCCCUACGACCUCGUCGGCGCGGCGCUGUUCGGCGACGGCGCCGCCGCCGUCGUGGUGGGGGCGGACCCGGUGGAGGGGAAGGAGGAGGCGCCGUUCAUGGAGCUGAGCUACGCGGUGCAGGAGUUCCUCCCCGGGACCCACGGGGUGAUCGACGGGCGGCUGUCGGAGGAAGGGAUCAAUUUCAAGCUCGGCAGGGAUCUGCCGGAGAAGAUUGAGGGGAACAUCGAGGAGUUUUGUCGGAAGCUGAUGAGGAAUGGUGGGUUGGAUUGUGGGGUUGGGUUUAAUGAGUUGUUCUGGGCGGUUCACCCGGGUGGGCCGGCGAUACUGAACCGGUUGGAGGGAAAGCUUGGGUUGGAGGAAGGGAAGCUGGAUUGUAGCAGGAGGGCGUUGAUGGAUUAUGGGAAUGUGAGCAGCAACACGAUCUUUUACGUGAUGGAGUAUAUGAGGGAGGAGCUGAUGAAGAAGAGGAAGGGAGGAGAAUAUAAGGAGGGUGAAGAAGAAUGGGGGCUGGGAUUGGCUUUUGGGCCUGGAAUCACCUUUGAAGGCGUUCUUCUUCGUAGUCUAUGAACCGUAACUUUGUCUUCUGUGAUCUAUGCAGAAGUUACUAUGAACUAAAUAAUAAUGGAAUGUAUUUUCGUUGAUUUUACUGUUUUGAUUCCUUGUGAGUUAAAAGGAUUAUCCCUUUUGUGUCAAACUAAGUUACCCGCUUAAACAUAGCUCUAUAGUAACGGUUACGUGUUUAUGAGCUAAAUAGAUUCCAAUUAA